AUGUUGAUUCCACAGAUUCUGGCUCCUCACAAAUCAGAGGUGGGAAGCUCAGGAAAGCAGAAGUGUUGUCCCCACUUGAGAAACCCCACAGACUUUCCUAACAUAGAGGACAACAUGGAUGUAAAAGAUGUAUUUAAACCCCAGGAAGAUAUUUCCUGCCAAAAGGAUUUGUCAGGGAAUGGAGAUAACCUCUUUCAUUCUAACAGUAUGGCCAGUGUCACUGCUGGAAAAGCAGAGGAAUGCUGCAGCAGGGAGGUGGGUUCCUGCCCUGCAAAUGCGAUCACUUCUCACCCAGACAACUGCUGCUGUGACAGGGAGGACUCUGUGUCUGGUCAGUCUCUGGCUGAUGUCCAGGCGGGUGAUAACCCUGAUACACCUCUCCCCACUGAUACCCUGAUCCACGGGCAAGCAGAUGCUCCUCUCACAGGAGACCACAGGUACUGUGUCAAACAUGCUUCUGACAACCCUGCCACUGUUGGGGGAGUUUAUCCAGAGCAGAUUCCAAGUGUUAGCGAUGACUUUGAUGACGACCUGGAGUAUUUUGAAUGUUCAGACGUGCUAACAGUGCAUGAGGAUGAAAUCUGGAAAAAGAAAUUACAAUUCUUAUUAGAAAGUGAUGAUGAAGAUGAUUUAAAGCUGAGCAAGGAUUGUGAUGGAUGUGCUUACUUCCUCGGUGAAAUGCCUUGCCUGAUCCAAGUGUCAGAUAACACUACGCCUAUGGAUACCACCAUUGGCUUCUGUGGUCAUCAGUCAAAACUCAAAGGAGUAAAUGUAAGGAGAGACCCCUCUACGUACAGCCAGUCAACUCUGCAGCCAGAGAUGACUCUCACUGUUGGGCACCACCGGGACAACAGUUCCAGUCUGCAGGACAAAGAGAAGAGUAAAGUGCCUGAAGCAUCCGCAGCCAUUGGAAAUGACCAUCCCAGGGCUGAAGAAGGAAAUAAUGGAAGUGGCCACUCAGCUGCAGGUUUCCCAAGGGACACGUCAAAGCACAAAGAUAAUGUACAUGCCGAGGCAGACUCUGCUGGUGGCAGAGGUGCUGCUCUGAGAAAGCAGGCUCCAGACACAAUGGCAGAAAGCACAGACAAGGACUUGCUGGGGACAAGCUCCUUGCUGCUGGAGGAGGAGGGAGGAGACGUGCCAGAGGAAAACACCAGGCAUGCUGUGUGCACCUUGACAGAGAGCCUGCGGAGAAACCUCUUCAAGUUCCUGAACCCCAAAGAGCUCUGCAGAUACGUAACUGCUAUAGGACAGUCUUUGCAGGCUGCAGCGGAGGUCAGGGAGUCCAGUGCUCUCAGUCAAGAAGGCAUCACUGCAACAGGGAGCCCCGAGGAGGCAGAAAGCUCCCAAACACAUCCUGUUUUGUGUCGUGCAGAAGAGGGGGAAAGGAAAAGGAGUUGGGGCCUGUCUGAGCACAACCAGAUGCCAGCUGAAACCGACUCACCCAGGAAUCAAGGUGCUGAUGUUCAGAUCUCUACUCAGAACUGUGAGAGACUCUGUAUGGAGCCCCAGAUGGAAAAGGAAGGAAUCUCUGGGACCUGUGAGAGUGCAGGAGCCAGCCAGCCAGCUUCAGAAAUGCUCUGUACUGAAAGGACAUCACAAGCAAAGAGUGGCAAUAUACAAACCAACUCCCAACACCAUGACAAGGGAGGAAGUCGUCACCAACAAGUCUUCUGUGAACAAGGAAUUACUGUUAUUGGUGAUGGUGUUUCACCUUUUCCCCUAUGGGACAAACAAGAAUGUUUGUGUGCUGUUCUCUCUUCUGCAAAGCUCUGUGAUGAGCCAAGGGAGAGAGGGCAACAGUGCAGCUUUGACUCACAUGGCAGCAAUGACACAGAUACUUUCUGCAGUCUCUCCUCUGAUGAAUCUCUAUUGGAAGCUCAUCCCAAGUCAGGCCUGGAAUGUGGAGAACCUGCGUGCAGAGGAGAUGCUGAUAUAUCUGCAGUGCAUGACAAGCUGUGGCAGCUUCUUCAUGAAGAUGAGGAGUCGGACUAUCAAAUCCCAAGUGAAACCAGGGGCAUCACAAGCUUAGAAAUCAGACUGACACGUACCAAAGUCCCAGAACUGCACUGUGCACAGAAGACCUCUUCUGAUCCUCCUUUGCCAAUAGACCUGGUAGAGGAGCAGGAACCUGUUACACAGCCAGAUAGUAGACAAAGAACAGAGAAAGGUGACUGCACUGAUUCUAAUAUCCUACUUAAAGCAGAUGGAGCAUCCGUAGGAAACACUUGUCUUGCAGAAGUGGUAGAAGCAGAUGGUGUAUGUCUAGAUUCUAGCACUGGAAAUACACAAGAAGCACCAUCAUCCAUUUGUGUUUCAGCAAAUAGCAUCAUCUUAAAUCCAGGGGAGUGCUUGGAGCAGGAGCCAAAUCCAACAUUACCUGACAGCAGUGGAUCCAGUCAGAUGGCUGUUGCUGGGGAAGGAGAGCUUCCUAUUAAUCAUGCUUCCCAAACAUGUGAUGCAGGUUCUCCUGGAGGAUUAAAGGAUGUUCAGAGUGGUGAUCGUGACAAAGAAACCCCAUGUUGUGACAUGUCAGAUAAGUCACAUGGGACAGUUGGUCAGUUACUUCGUACUGAGCACGACAUAUUCUUGAUGGAUGAGUGUGUAAGUGGUGAAAGGUGUCAUUCUAGAGACUGUUACCCAGCAAGGAAAGAGCUGCCUGAUUUCCCUGAGGAGAAAGCCAUUUUCCCCAGUGGAAACACCAGCCAGCUUCCACAUCAGGAACACUCUUCUGUUAACACCUUACCUGAAAGUUAUGGAGUAAGUUUACCAGAGAAAGGAAACCACUCACCCCUGGAAGCACAGAGCAACACUGAUCCUGAUGGUGAUUUCCCUUCAAGGAAUGACUGUCACGAUUCCCAAGUUGUGUCUAAUGCACAGGAAAAUGUUACUGUAAUUGAGACUCCUGAAAGCGUCACACAUAAGAAUCCACCCCAAACCACAGACCGACUGCCAGAACUAGAAACCCAAGGAACAGCAUUCACCCCAUCUCCUGGGGAUGUGGUUUUAAGAGAUUUGGAUGUAGAAGUGUGUAAAGCAGGAGGAGAACAGAGAGAGAUUUGCAGGGCUGGAGCUUCCUGUGCCUCAGGAGCUGGGCAUGUCUCAGGGAGUCAGGCUGCAGCUGCCCCUCACAGCACAUCAGAACAGCAUCUGGGGUUUGGUGACAGCCCCUUCAAGUCUGAUGGAGAAUUAAAAGCUGAGCCCAUCAAGUGGAAACCCAAUACAGCAAAGAGUGGGCAUGUAGCUGCUGGGGCUAAGAAGAAGUUACCUCCAGCCACACUCUCCAAAAAGCCCCGUCUGGAGGAGCAAGGAGAUGCCUGCAGGGAUCCUGCCUGUGCCACAAAGCCUGUGAGGAGUGAGGCAGGAGUGAGUCGGAGGGAAGAGAGACAAGAGCAAAGGAAACUCACUGUGAAAAAGGAGAGCAAAGCUCCCAAGCUGCUGAAGGGAAUCCAAGCAGAACUCUUCCCUGACUGCUCUGGGAAUAUUAAGCUAUGCUGUCAGUUUGGUCACAUUCACAGUGACUCCACCAUUACCUGGACUAAAGAUUCCAAGUUACUGGCUCGGCUGCAGAGGAGUGCCCAGGAUGACUCUCCUGUCUCGUUGGCAAUAGCUAAAGCCAGUAACAAAGACCAAGGAAUGUAUUAUUGCUGCUUGAACAAUAUGUAUGGGAAGGUGACUGCUGAGUUUAGUCUGACUUCAGAAGUAUUGGAACAUCUCUCAAGUUUCCAGAAUUGUGAAGGUAUGGAGGAAAUCGAGUUCAUGCAGCUCAUGUUCAGAGAGGAUUUCAUCAGUGGCAGCUAUUUUGGAGGGAACCUGCGGGGAGUGAUAGCCACAGAAGAGCUUCACUUUGGAGAAGGCAUGCACAGGAAAGCUUUCCGAAGCAGAGUGAUGCAGGGGCUCGUGCCAGUGUUCAGCCCUGGGCACCCCUGUGUGCUCAAGGUGCACAAUGCCAUCACCUAUGGGACCAAGAGUCAGGAUGAUCUGGUGGAGAAGAACUACAGCCUUGCUCUGCAGGAAUGCUAUGUCCAGAAUACUGCAAGAGAGUAUGCAAAGAUCUAUGCAGCUGAAGCUGAACCCUUGGAAGGCUUUGGGGAAGUACCAGAGAUCAUUCCUAUUUUCCUUGUCCAUCGCCCUGCCAACAACAUCCCCUACGCGACAGUGGAGGAGGAGCUGGUUGGGGAGUUUGUGAAGUACUCCGUCAGGGAUGGCAAGGAAGUGAACUUCCUGAGGAGGGACUCCGAGGCUGGCCAGAAGUGCUGCACCUUCCAGCACUGGGUCUAUGAGAAGACCAACGGGAGCUUGCUUGUCACCGACCUGCAAGGUGUAGGAAUGAAGUUAACUGACGUUGGCAUAGCAACACUGGCCAAAGGACUCCUGUUUCUGACACCUGACUUGGAAACCAGGCUCUCUUGGCUUCAACAACUGACUGAACCACCACUGCACAUCAUCCAAGACUUCAGCUUCCCAGAUAGUCAGACUUGCAAACCCACCACGUGUCUAUCUCCUGCUGAAGUGAAGGUCUUGUUCUCCUCCCCAUUCCACUGGGAAGAGGGCAAGGAGCAAGUGCCUGUGCAGUACUCAGCUUAGACCAGCACAGCCCCUCAGAGCUUGUGAACUCCCAAGGCUGGGAAGUUUGGAGGACCACUGCUGAAAGACUCCUCAACCCUCAUCUGCUGAGACAUGCUGAGAUGUCUGAAGUGAGCAUUCCACUGAAUUCAAGGGAAUUUUUACCAGGUACCCCCAAGACCAGCCCUGCCUCGUGGCUGCUGCUUUCCAGAGCUGGACAUGGGAAUUCCUGAGGAAAGGAACCACCCCCACUGUAACGAGCUGAUGGGAAACAUUUCCUCUUUGCUAAAAGGUGGUUUCCCAACACUCAGAAAGAUGCUCUGAAUUUACAGGACACAUUGUCCAACCUCAGGAGAAAAGAAGAACCAUCCAAAAGGAGGUCUUGGAAAGGUCCUGUAAGAUCUAACAGGUAACUGAGCGGUGAAUGGAUGAGUUGGCUUUGGAAUGUGUUGGGUUUUGUUUGCUUUGAAAUAAAACUUGCUAUUCUCUGG